AAUUAGACAGGCUUGUAGAAGAGCGGAACGGAAAUGGAGAAAGGACAGAUUGCAAGCUCUUCAGAUGUCUGGGUACUUUGAGGAGGUGAGGAUGGAGUUUUGGGGGAAGAAAGUGAUCGAGCUCGGAGCAGGAAGUGGAUUCAUCAGUAUCCUGGCUGCUCGAUUAGGUGCGUGUGUGACGGUGACGGAUCUACCCGAGGUUCUCCCUCACACCCUGAGGAACGUGAACUCUAACACCCCCGGGGCCGGUUGGCCCUCAGGACCUCCCGCCGUGCUGCCGUUGGUUUGGGGUCGUGAUCUGGAGAGGUUCUGCUCUCACUGGGACCUGGUUCUGGGUUCAGAUAUCGUGUACCUUCCUGAAACGUUCCCUCUGCUGCUGGACACGCUGGUCGUGCUGUGUGGGGGCGGCGGGGUUCUUUACCUCUCCUCUAAAAUGAGACGAGAACACGAGACGCACGAGUUCUACCAGACGUGGUUACCUCAGAAGUUCAGGGUGGAGCUGGUACAGAGGGACUCGGAGAGAAACAUCAACGUUUACAGAGCUACGCUGAGAUCAGGAGAGAGUCCAUCAACACGCUAACACCAGCUUCAUCCUGCUGUAAUGCUGAUGUUCUGAGUUCCUGUUCACGUCCCAAAUCCUCUUAGUUCCGCUCCUGAUUCCACAUAAAGAAUCUGCCUGAACAGCACAGCAGAUCUUUAUCUACAGAUCCAAACCUCACCAGCUCCAGAGCUGCAGGUCCAGGUCCCACCGUCAUCAGAUUAUUAUUAAAUACACAUUUUCAUUAUCAUCUAAUAAUCACAUUCAUUAUUUAUUUAUUUAUUUAUACUCCUAAUCCUUCUUUUAUUGUGGUGUGUGUGUGGGUGUGUGUAUGUGUGUGUGUGUGUAGGUGUGAGCACGUGUGUGUAGAUGUGUGAGCAUGUGUGUAGGUGUGUAUGUGUGUGUGUGGGUGUGUGUAGGUGUGUAUGUAUGUGUGUGUGUGGGUGUGUGUAGGUGUGUAUGUAUGUGUGUGAGCAUGUGUGUAGGUGUGUAUGUAUGUGUGUGGGUGUGUGUAUGUGUGUGUGUGUGUGUGUGUAGGUGUGUAUGUAUGUGUGUGAGCAUGUGUGUAGGUGUGUAUGUGUGUGUGUGUAGGUGUGUAUGUAUGUGUGUGGGUGUGUGUAUGUGUGUGUGUGUGUAGGUGUGAGCACGUGUGUGUAGAUGUGUGAGCAUGUGUGUAGGUGUGUAUGUAUGUGUGUGGGUGUGUGUAGGUGUGUAUGUAUGUGUGUGUGUGGGUGUGUGUAGGUGUGUAUGUAUGUGUGUGAGCAUGUGUGUAGGUGUGUAUGUGUGUGUGUGUAGGUGUGUAUGUAUGUGUGUGUGUGGGUGUAGGCGUGUGUUUUAAUCACGUUGUUGGGGGAGUGUUUACACUUAAUUACUCGUUUAAUUAAAUCAGAGUUGUAAACAGGAGGAUCAUCUCACACACUUCAUAAUAAUAAAAUGUAAUAAUAAUAAUAAUGAGUGAGUGGGCGGAGUCAGUGAGGAUGGGAGGAAGUAAAAACAGAUAUGAUUGGAUGUGUGUGUGUGUGUGUGUGUGUGAGUGUGUGUGUGUGUGUGUGUGCUGCACUCAUUCCUUCACUCUGCUGUGAGGUAAACACACUCCGAUCUUUUAUCUUUACAUGAAUAUUAAUGUGUUUAGUUUAUUAAUAAAAGUUAGAUGUAAAGUUUAUA